AGCGUUUUAAAAUACAUUUUAAAAUACAUUGAAGGGGUUCAUGGUAUAUUUUUAUGUGCUUUCAGGUUCAUUAAAUUGUAAAGAUGUGCAGCUCAAGAUAUCUGCCAGUGGUCAUGAUUUUUCUGGCAAUCGUGAGCACAGCGGCCAAUCUGCUCCUGCUUUUCCCUGGACUUACUUAUACGUACCUAGUUGAAAAUCACGUCACUCCAGAGGCCACAUGGUGCACAGGAAUAUGGGCUUCAGGAUUUGUAGUGCUUGUAGCUGUUCGUGGAUUUGCAUCAAAUAACGCAAAAAAUGGAUGCUGUCACUUCCGAGCUGAUAUGCUGUGUCGGAUCAUCUACUCAUGUGUGGCUGUGCUUGUAGCCGGGCUCUGUUUCCAGUUUAACUGUACAGGACUAACAAAAGGACCACAAUGUCUGCACAAUGGAACAGAGGGUCUGCAGUGGGAGAGACCCCUGAAAAUAAAAAACCUGAAUGACCCAAGUUACCUGUAUAUGCCAGAGAGAUGGGCCUCUGCUUGCGAGGAGCCUCGUAAUGUUGUGGUGUGGAACAUUGUUCUCUUCUCCACAAUUAUGGCUGUGAAUGUGCUUCAGGCUUUGUUCUGUGUUGUGCAGGUCCUCAGUGCUAUACAUGGUUUGGUAUUUGGACCUGGAAAGAAAAAGGUUGUUCAUGCUUAAAGAACACAAUGGACUGGUUUAAGCCAUAAAACAGACUGUAUGUAUCUUCAUUUCCGCAUGAAAUAAUUGCCUAAACAGUUAUGAUGCAUGCAGUAUUUGCUGGGUCAUUCCUGUUUCCUCUGCUCUCAAUGAGCAACAGAAGUGUACACAUCACCACUGGAGAACAGUUCAUCAUUUACAUUUCCUAUUUAUGUCUUUGAUACUGAAUAUUCUGCUUUCAAUACCACUGUUACCAUACUUUAGUGCAGAUAAAAUUCAGUGGCAAAUUUGCAAGGAAAUAAAAGGAAUAGAAAGCUAAACAAUUGUAAAUAACUUAAGCUGAAUUUUACUAUUACAGAACACUAGAGGUCACUGCUCCCUCAUCGUUUUUAGUCAAUAAAACUUAGAGAUAGAAAAAAAGGACGAUUUAUCAAUUAUUAUUAUUAUUAUUAUUAUUAUUAUUAUUAUUAUUAUUAUUAUUAUUAUUUAUGUGCAUCUAUGUGCACUGCAUAUUGUGAUAAAAUAGUAUAUGGUGGCAUGUGUAUUUAUAUAUUCAUGUAAAGUACUGUAUUUAUGGAAUACUUUUCCAUUUUGU